AUGUGUAUCGAGCCAUGCGUGCUCUCGUCGAUGCUCUACGAGCCUGUCAACGGUGACAGCCUCUCGGAUGGCAUCCAUCUCUGGUCCAGGCAUGUCCAGCGCAUUCAAGCUGCUUUCUCAGCCUUUGGGCAAGCCCGUCCGAGCCAACCGGGGAGUGCAUGGCGGACAGACAGGGCACCGACUGCCGAAAAGCUAGCUUCAACUGUGUCGGAGGUCAUCGCGUGCUCAGGCUCAGACCGCCUACAGAGGCUGCGCCUCACAGUCGAUAGUCGAGGCCACAUCGAUGUACGCUCCACCAGGCCUGCAAGCCCGCCCAACGAUGAGCUCUGCCUUGCGCUGGACAGGCAAGCAACUGUCUACGAUGGUGACAUCACGCUCUCCCACAAGACCACCAGUCGCAAAGUAUACGAUGAUGCCCGGAUUCGCUGCGGCGCAACGCUCGAGCCUAGAACUGAUGCGCCCUUUGAUGUCGUCAUGUACAACGACAGAAACGAAGUCACUGAGACUACUAUCUCCAACAUCGCAUUCCGACGGAGCGCAGACGAUCAGGUUUGGGUGACUCCUAGCGCGAGCUGCGGCCUGCUGCCCGGCGUACAGCGUCAGGAAUUACUCGACACUGGCUUCUCUCGAGAUGAUCUGCUUCAAUGCUGUCCGCAAGGUCUAUCGUGUGAAGAUGCACGUUCGAUCCUAGAAAUCGAAACUUGCUCGGAAUGGAUCGAGCUGACGGUUCUCGCAAGCCGCAAUCAGAUCAUCGCGUUCGAGACUGGGGCAAGGCAUCAAUCGCGCAAUGGGUAA